AUCGCCCAGCCAAGGUUACUGUUUAUCCACUUGAAUUUUUUUAUUUAAAUUAUACUUUAUUUAUACUAGUACCAAAAAAAAUUCAAAAUCAUGAAAAUUUACUUAGUAUUUAUUUUACUAUUACUUCGGGAGGCAAAUUCCGGCCCAGCAAAAAAAAGUCCUGCAUUUUCAACUCCUGUUUAUUCUGACUCAUUUUUACCAGCUGCAAUGCAGGUUAUUUUUUACGCCGUUGAGCAACUUAAAUCUCUUCAAGUAGAAGAAACAGAGCAAACAACGACAAUAAUGUCAACGACAUUAACAACGACAGUUUCAACUACAGUGUCUCAUGGGCCUGGACAGCAGCAACCAGAAGCAACAGCUCCAUCGAUUCAAUUGUCAACAGAAAAACCAGGAUUGAGUCAAGAGGCAUCGAUUGUCGAAAUGGAAAAUUCAAAUGAUAAUCCCAGUACUCCGUCAAGUGACAAAGAGAUGCCAGAAAUGGGUGAAGAAACGCCUGAAAUAAAUUAUGGAACUCCUGAGACAAAUCACGAAACCCCUGAAGAAAGUCAUGAGACACAAGAAGUUAAUCAAGAGACUCCUCAGCCAGAAAAAGACAUUACAUUAGUAGAUUACUCAAAGGAUAAACUCACUAACUCAGUCUCCACUACUUCAAUUAGCGUUGAAAGUCAGCAAAGUAAUAAGUCCAAUUCGUCGUCAUCCUCGUCGUCGUCGUCGUCUUCAGAAGAAGCCUCGUCGGAGGAAGAUAAAGAUGGAAAGAUUAAGAAUAAAAAAGAACCUACAGUUGAUAGCGUUGUUCAAGAAAUUUAUGGCAUCAUGAAACCACAGAAUAAAACUAACAAUUCAUCUGAGGAAUCUGAAUCAAAUGAGUCUCGAGAGUCUAACGAUGAAAGCGAUGAAGAGGAUAAUGAUGAAAAUAGAUUUACUUUGCUGGGGGAAAAAGUAACGCAAGUUCCACGACCAAGUUUAUCAACUUACCUAAGACGUUCAAAGAUACCACCAAAAUGUUCCGUUCAACAGUUAGCCCUUUUGUACGACGCGCUGAGCAAAGACGCGAGAAAGCAAGGCUUCGCUAAAUUCUCCGGCUACUCUGAUGAAGUUCUAAAGACCCUCAAAACUUCUGCCGAAGGUGGAAUUGGUCCACAGCUUCAGAAACUCUUAGAAAAAAUUUUAGAGCGUAACGAGGUCACAAGGGAUGACGCUAAGGUCAAAAUCACAGGAAUGCUCAAAGAACUUAAGGAACCAGGCAGUGAAAUCAAUAAAGACCUCAGACUUUUGCUACCACUACGCUUUAAUCCUUGAUCAAUAUCAUAAGUUUUAUUAUAAAUUCAUACUCAUUUACACAACUUUUCAUCUUCAAACUUUUCAUUAUCUUUUUUAUAACGAACAAUACUUUAAGCAAUCAAUAAACUUUGAUAAUAAAUAUUUUACGAGACAAACUA